CCGAUUGUAAUCGAAACAUUCACAUUUGGACGCCAUAUUGUCAUGUCAGAGUUUUGACGGUGGAUGGUGAAUGCUUGAGAAAAUAAUUUUCUACAACAAAUUGUUCUAAUACGUGUUUUACAAUUUAAGUGCGUCUUAUUUCCUAAGACGCUGGGUGCAGGUAGCAUCCUGUGAACCAUGAGCUAUCAGAUCCCGACUUCACAAAGCCGCACAAUGUCUCACAGCAACUAUGGAGGAUCUGACGUGCCAAUGGCCCCCAGCAAGGAGCAGCAAACCCUGCUGUGGCAGCAGAACUCCUACCUUGUGGAUUCUGGUAUCAACUCUGGAGCUGCCACUCAGGUGCCGUCUCUUACUGGCAAAGAAGAUGAUGAAAUGGAAGGAGAUCAGCUCAUGUUCGACCUGGACCAAGGGUUUGCCCAGGGUUUUACCCAGGAGCAAGUUGAAGACAUGAACCAGCAGCUAUCUCAGACCCGCUCCCAGCGUGUCCGAGCGGCCAUGUUCCCGGAGACCUUGGAGGAGGGUAUCGAGAUCCCGUCCACUCAGCUGGACCCUGCCCAGCCCACUGCUGUCCAGCGCUUGUCGGAGCCCUCGCAGAUGUUGAAGCAUGCUGUUGUCAACCUGAUCAACUAUCAGGAUGAUGCUGAUUUGGCUACCAGAGCCAUUCCCGAGUUGAUCAAGCUCUUGAAUGACGAAGAUCAAGUUGUAGUAUCUCAAGCUGCCAUGAUGGUCCACCAGCUCUCGAAGAAGGAAGCCUCCCGCCACGCCAUCAUGAACUCUCCUCAAAUGGUGGCCGCCUUGGUCCGCGCCAUAUCCAACAGCAACGACCUUGAGACCACCAAGGGAGCCGUCGGGACCUUGCAUAACUUGUCGCACCACCGUCAAGGCUUACUCGCUAUCUUCAAGAGCGGCGGAAUACCCGCUCUCGUCAAACUACUAAGCUCUCCUGUGGAAUCCGUCUUAUUCUACGCUAUCACCACCCUCCAUAACCUACUCUUGCAUCAAGAUGGUUCCAAGAUGGCCGUACGCUUGGCCGGCGGCCUUCAGAAGAUGGUGGCGUUACUUCAGAGGAACAACGUCAAGUUCCUAGCCAUUGUGACUGAUUGCCUCCAGAUCUUGGCCUAUGGGAAUCAGGAAUCGAAGUUGAUCAUCCUCGCGUCUCAGGGACCGAUCGAAUUAGUGCGAAUCAUGCGCUCUUACGAUUACGAAAAGUUGUUGUGGACUACUUCAAGAGUUUUGAAGGUCCUUUCCGUGUGCUCGAGCAAUAAGCCGGCAAUCGUGGAGGCCGGCGGCAUGCAGGCGCUCGCCAUGCACCUCGGCAACCCGAGCGGCCGCCUCGUGCAGAACUGCCUCUGGACCUUGAGGAACCUGUCCGACGCUGCCACUAAGUUGACGUUUCCCCAGGUCGAGGGGCUGGAAAACCUGCUUUCCAGCCUGGUACAGGUGUUGGCCUCCACCGACGUCAACAUCGUCACCUGCGCAGCUGGCAUCCUGUCCAACUUGACCUGCAACAACCAACGCAAUAAGGUGACCGUCUGCCAAGCUGGCGGCGUGGACGCGCUGGUGCGCACGGUGGUGUCGGCGGGCGACCGCGAGGAGAUCACGGAGCCGGCCGUGUGCGCGCUGCGCCACCUCACCUCGCGCCACGUCGAGAGCGAGAUGGCGCAGAACGCCGUGCGGCUGCACUACGGCUUGCCGGUGAUCGUGAAGCUGCUGUCGCCGCCGUCGCGCUGGCCGCUGGUGAAGGCGGUGGUGGGGCUGGUGCGCAACCUGGCGCUGUGCCCGGCCAACCACGCGCCGCUGCGCGAGCACGGCGCCGUGCACCAUCUAGUGCGUCUGCUCAUGCGCGCCUUCAACGACACGCAGCGGCAACGCACCUCAGUGCCGGGCGGCACCGGCACGGGCGGCGCGUACGCCGACGGCGUGCGCAUGGAGGAGAUCGUGGAGGGCGCCGUGGGGGCCCUGCACAUCCUGGCCCGCGAGGGGCUCAACCGCCAGCUCAUCCGCCAGCAGAACGUCGUGCCCAUCUUCGUGCAGCUACUGUUCAACGAGAUCGAGAACAUACAGCGCGUGGCAGCUGGCGUUCUCUGCGAGCUGGCGGCCGACAAGGAAGGGGCCGAGAUGAUAGAGGCCGAAGGGGCCACGGCGCCUCUCACUGAACUGCUGCAUUCUCGUAACGAAGGAGUAGCAACGUACGCUGCCGCGGUCCUGUUCCGCAUGUCCGAGGACAAGCCUCACGACUACAAGAAGAGACUCUCCAUGGAGCUCACCAACUCGCUCUUCCGCGACGACCACCAGAUGUGGCCCAACGAUCUUGGGAUGCAGCCCGAUUUACAGGACAUGCUCGGACCAGAGCAGGGAUAUGAAGGCCUGUACGGUACCCGACCGUCCUUCCAUCAGCAAGGAUACGAUCAAAUACCGAUAGACUCGAUGCAGGGCCUUGAGAUCGGCAGUGGGUUCGGUAUGGACAUGGACAUCGGCGACACCGAGGGCGCCGGCGCCGCCUCCGCCGACCUGGCCUUCCCCGAGCCGCCGCACGACAACAACAAUGUAGCGGCCUGGUACGACACAGACCUCUAAACAUACACACCCAUUUUAUUACCAUACUCUGGCACACCCAGCUUGUCAGUAGAAAAAAAAAGCAACAAAAAAAAAGAAGACUCGAAGAGUUGACUUCCCGAAGACGAGGCAGUAUGGCCUAUGGUCUUAGCCUGUCCAGAAGGACGAAAAAAAAAGUUGACUUCACAUAAAUAAAUUUGAAUUUCGCGCUUUUUUCAACUGACAAGUACGGUGUGUUUGAGUAUAGCACAAGAAUAACGAAACUGCUGAAAUAAUAACUGUAGAAACCCUCGUUUUUCCUGAUAAUUUUGAUUAUUAAUUUUUAAAUGUAAAGUCGUUAUUGUCGAUCGGUAAUCAGGAGAUAAUGUGCUUUCCACGUUGCGCUAAGCCAGUUCUUAGUCCAGGGUGGAGAAAUAAAAAUUAUACCGACGUGUCGACACAUUUCCUUAAGAGCUAGAUCUCAUAAUCAAAUUUUAAUUAAAAUAUUGUAGGAGCAUAUCGAGGCUCUCUGGAACAUGUGAGAUUUCCAAUAGAAACCUGUGAUACACAAAGCAGCUUUAUGUCAAUUCAGUGUUGCCAAUAUAUGCAUUGUCAUAUGGAAUUAAAUUAUAUAUUUGCAUGACUUCGUUUCAAAAGUAUUAGAAAACUAUAAUGACAUAAACCGCCUAUGAGUUUCAAAAUUACUUUGGUGCUAAGUUGAAGAGCUUACUGGAUUUAAUAUAAUUAUGUUUUAUGCUAGUACAGCAGAAUAUCAAAUCCACCGAUAUAUUAAAAUGAUACCCGAAGGUAGCCCUGCGUUGAUGAAUAUCGGUCUAUUUCACGCAAGACGUGACUUUAUUCGGAAAAUAGGGUAAAUCAUUUUGUAAGGUUUUGUAGCCUUUAAAUUAUAUAGCUAAAUGUAUUAAUCGGUAUUAAACUCUAGCAAUUUUCAUUUCUUCCUAAUCAAUGUUUUUGAGAUUUUGUUACUUACACAUUUUAUACUUGAUAUCUUUUUUCUAUUUAGUUAAAAAGGAUAAGACUGUCCUGUUAUCAUAUAAGGCGUGUAUUGUUAAGGGGCCCACUGAUUAACAGUCCGCCGGACGGUACCGGCCUGUCAGUUGUUCGGAGCUGUCAAAAUUUUGUUCUAACUGACAGGCCGAUAUCGUCCGGCGGCCUGUUAGUCAGUGGUCGGCUUUAAAGUAAAAUUUAAUAUUUGACUGCCAUUUUUUAUUUCAAUCAUAAUGUUCGAUGAUAUUUAAGGUUGAUGCCAUUGUGGCUGGUAUGGUUGAUAAAUAGUAUAUUAAUUUUGUUUAGUAUAGUUGAGUAUUUGAUUUAAUUAAAUGAUAAUGUGAUUAGUAUUUCUCCGGACUAUAGUUUUAAGUGAAUAGUUUGAUUUAUCCAUGGUUGAUGUAGCAGUGAAUAUCUCUAAUGGUUGUAUGAUGUAGAUACAACUCGAAGCCAAACUGUAAGGAAGUUUUUCGCAUUUAGACACUAGGUUACAAAAAAAACGGCUUUAAGACUCCACCCUUAUUUUACACCAUAAUCUUAACAAUAGUGUUUAAGGGUGACCAUGAAAUGUGUCAGGGAUAUAUUUUUGCAUUUGGUACUUAUUUUCUCGACAGACCGUCUGAUAUAGAUAUACAAUGCAUUCUAACAUAGACCUUGCACGUUCUGUACUUCAAUUGUAGAAAAUGCACUCAAAAUUAACUUGAACCAUAGCAGAAUGUAAUUUUUAGAUCAUAAUCGUUAGCAUAAGACUUAAAACCUAGAAUUACGUAAUCGCCCUCAUCUGGGGCCCUCUUAUGUAAUUUUUUUAUUGAUACUUAUUUAAUAGACUUUGCCAAUGUUUUUAUACGUUCGAUUAUGAAAACAUUGCCGAAGUACGUAUGAGAUUUUGUGUCCAUUUGUGUAUGGAUAAUAAAUAAAUUUGAUUAUAUAA